AGGCACAGGCAGCGCAGGCAGGGUGCCCAGGCAGGAGCCGCUGCAGCUGGCAAUGCUGUGAGCUGCCCUUGCCGGACUCGGCGUGGCAGCAGCAGCGGUGGCCGGGGCCCCAUGGCAGGGCGUCCCCGGUUGCGCCGUGGGGCCAGGCGUGGGUGGGAGCGGGUGCACCCUGGGGAGGAAUGUGGGCUGGGAGGGGCCGUGCUCCAGCACCGGCACUCACACCACAGCCACCACUCAGCCAGCAGCCACCACCCAGCAUGGCCGAGAAACCCCAAAUCCAGCUCUUCGUCAAGGCAAGCGAGGACGGGGAGAGCAUGGGCCACUGCCCCUUCUGCCAGCGGCUUUUCAUGGUGCUACUGCUCAAAGGGGUGCCCUUCACCCUCACCACUGUGGAUGUGAAGAGGGCACUGGACGUGCUGAAGGACUUCGCACCGGGUGCCCAGCUGCCCGUUUUGCUCUACAAUGGCGAGCCCAAGACCGACACCAUCACCAUUGAGGACUUCCUGGAGGACAAGCUGGCCCCCCCCAUGUUCCCCAGCCUGGUCCCACGGUACAGGGAGUCCAGCCUGGCUGGGAAUGACAUCUUUCACAAGUUCUCCACCUUCAUCAAGAACCCAGUGCCUGCCCAGGACGAGGUGCUGCAGCGGAGCCUGCUGCGGGCCCUGCUGAAGCUGGACGAGUACCUGAGUGCCCCCCUGGAGUACGAGCUGGCCCACAACCCCCACCUCCGGGCCUCCCAGCGCCGCUUCCUUGACGGGGACCAGCUCACGUUAGCCGACUGCAACCUGCUGCCCAAGCUCAACAUCGUUCAGGUUGUGUGCCAGCAUUACCGCCGCUUCGGGAUCCCAAAGGACCUGCGGGGCGUGUGGCGCUACCUCAACAGUGCCAGCGAAACCAAGGAGUUCAAAUACACCUGCCCCAACAGCGAGGAGAUUGUACAAGCCUAUCACUCCGUGGUCCGGUCGCCGCAGUGAGCCGGGCACGCGCCCAGGUGGGUGCAGGGCCAGGGUCGGGCAGCAGGCCAGC